AUGAAUACGUGCAGCAGGUGUGACAAAUCGUAUUCGCGUUCGGAUAGCCUGUCGCGACAUAUAAAAAAAUGCAAAUACGGAAAUGUGGAUAGUGAUAAGAAUGGGGAUUAUUAUAUUCCCAAAAAAAGAUUAAGACCACUUGGAGUGGAAGUGAUAGAUUCAACUGUUUCGAAAUUAUCACACGCGUUUAAAAACAGAAUCGCAUCUUAUCGUUUUAAUAGUGGUAAAAAACUGGAUUAUCAUGGAUUUUUAAACGAUGUUAAACCCAAAGUUUUGAACAUUUUGAGUGAAUAUUUACAUCAGCACAAUAUCAUAAAGGUAAAUUUUGAAAUAUUUGGUAUUUAUCUAAAACCUGACACUAACUUAUCAGAUAUCAAGUCCAUGAACACAUGCAAUAAAAUUAUAACUAUCAGCACUGAAUUGGAUGAAGUAUUUGAUCAUUUUAAGGAAGAACUGAUGACACAAGCAUCUGAAUUUCAAGAGAAAGAUUCAAAUUGGUUAUUGCAGGAAAUAAUGUUUUUAGAUGUUAACAUAAACAAAUAUAGUAGUAUUUCUGCAUCAACAUAUAUUCGUCUCCCAAUACCUAUAGUACGAAAACACGCUAUUUUAAAUAUCGAAAACAAAGAUAAUAAGUGUUUUGCAUGGAGUAUUAUUGCAGCUAUUUUUCCUGCUAGUGGCAACCCAACCAAACCAGAAUCAUAUCCACCAUACGAUGCCUUGUUGAAUUUUGAAGGAAUUGACUUUCCGAUGAAACUAAAAGACAUUAAAAAGUUUGAGACCCUCAAUAAUAUUUCAGUAAAUGUUUAUGGGCUGGAAUCCAAUUUCGUAAAUAAUAAAAGGCAAUAUGAAAUAGUUGGACCAUUGUAUUUUACAAGUAAUCGCCAUGCCACUCACGUGAACCUUUUGCUUAUAACAAAUGAUAAACAAAGUCAUUAUUGUCUGAUUCUAGACAUGCUGAGACUUGUAAAAAGUCAAAAAACAAGUAACCAUCGCAAAGAAUAUUUAUGUGAUGGAUGUCUACAAUUCUUUGUUUGCGAAGAAAAGCUCCAUAAUCACCAAAAUAACGACUGUUCUCAUAUUUACACAGAACUUCCCACAACGAAACCUAAAAUCAAUAAGUUUGGUGAAAUGGUGCCAGAAAAUAUACUAAAAUUUAUAAAUAUCCAAAAAAUGUUACCUGUGCCAUUUGUGAUCUAUGCUGAUUUUGAAAGUCUGCUAAAACCCAUAGACCAUGUUGAACCUUGCAAUGGAAAUUCAUAUUCCGUUAAAACUGCUGAACACCAAGCAUAUUCAUUCGCAUUUUACCUUAAAUGCAACUAUGAUGAUUCACUUUCAAAACUAAUAAAAUAUGAAGGACAGGAUGCUCCCAAAGUGUUUAUACAGAAAUUGGAUGAUUUAGUGCAUGAACUAUAUAACAAUCACCUUAAACAUAUUAAACCAAUGUCGCCGUUAACAAAAGAAGAAAUUGAAAAACAUGAGAGUGCUACCGAGUGUUACUUGUGUGGAAAGCCAUUUAAUCCUUUCAAUCGUAAGGUGAAAGACCAUCACCAUCUCAAUUCAUUAUAUCUUGGACCUAGCCAUAACUCCUGUAAUAUAAAUAACAAACUCUCAAAUACAAUACCCGUGUUCUUUCACAACAUGAGUAAUUAUGAUUGUCAUCUUUUUAUUAAAGAGCUUUCAACAACUGGUGAAAAAGUUUCAGUAAUUGCACAGACGAAAGAAAAAUAUAUCACAAUUUCUAAAGGAAUUUUGGUAGAAAAGUCGAAAAAUGGCCUAGAUAAAUACAUAACUCUAAAAUUUGUUGAUUCAUACAGAUUUUUGGCAAAAUCUUUGGAUAUUCUGAGCACAACCUUAAAUUCGGAGCAGUGUACAGAAAUUAGAAAGUAUUUUCCAAAUACUAAACACUUUGAACUUGUGAGACAUAAGGGUGUGUUUCCUUAUUCAUAUAUGGAUGGAUUUGAUAGACUUAAAGAAAAAACACUACCACCUAAAGAAAAUUUCUACAAUAAUCUAACCAACAAACACAUUUCUGAUGAAGAUUAUGCAAGAGCAAUUGAUGUAUGGAACACAUUUGAUUGUAAAUCUAUGAGUGACUAUGCUAUGGUGUACUUAGUAUCAGAUGUCUUAUUAUUGGCUGAUGUGUUUGAAAAUUUUAGAAAAAUAUGUCACAAAGAAUACAAUUUGGAUCCUUGUCACUACAUAACUGCUCCUGCAUUAAGUUGGGAUGCUAUGUUAAGAUAUACAGAAAUUGAACUAGAGCUUCUUACAGAUGUGGACAUGGUACACUUUUUAAAGAAAGGAGUAAGAGGAGGUGUGGCACAAUGUAGCAAACGAGAAGCCGUGGCAAAUAAUCAAUAUGUACCUAACUAUGAUCCACAACAACCCGAGUCUUACAUCAUGUAUCUAGAUGCCACAAAUUUAUAUGGUGCAGCCAUGUGUCAAUAUCUUCCAUAUGGAAAUUUUAAAUGGGUAACCGAUGUAGAAAACUUCAACUGUUUUUCGGUGGAGGAUGAUGGGGAUAAAGGGUAUGUGUUGGAAGUAGAUUUGGAAUAUCCAGCUCAUUUACAUUCUUUACAUAAUGAUUUACCAUUCUGUCCCGAGAGCAUGGUACCUCCAGGAAGCAAAUUUCCUAAACUUAUUCCAAAUUUCAACAAUAAAACUAAAUACAUUAUCCAUUAUCGCAAUCUUAAGCAGUGUCUUAGGUAUGGUCUGGUACUAAAAAGGAUUCAUCGUAUACUAGAGUUUUCGCAAUCACCAUGGUUAAAAAAAUAUAUUGACCUAAACACAUCACUCAGAAACAAGGCCAAAAACGAGUUUGAACGGGAUCUUUUUAAGCUUCUGGUUAAUGCAAUAUUCGGUAAAACUUUAGAGAACGUUGAAAAAAGAAGAGAUAUCCGCCUGUGCACCCGCUGGGAAACAAAAACAAGUUCGUUGGGAGCCAGGGUACUUAUCUCUAAACCAGAAUUCAAGUCUUGUUCCGUGUUUAAUGAGAAUUUGGUGGCAAUACAUUUGGGUAAAACCAAAAUAGUUUAUGACAAGCCUCUCUAUGUUGGUUUCACAAUUUUAGAUUUAUCAAAAACAGUGAUAUAUGAUUUUUAUUAUGGAUACAUCAAAAAGAAAUAUGGUGAAGCCGCAAACUUGUUAUACACAGACACAGACUCCCUGAUUAUGGAGAUAUUUACCCCCAAUUUCUAUGAGGAUAUGAAGAGAAAUUUAGAACAUUUCGACACCUCCAACUAUCCAACUGAUAAUAUUCACAGGAUACCGAAAACACCAUCAAUACUAGGAAAAAUGAAAGAUGAAUUUGCAUCUGUACCCAUUCAAUGUUUCUAUGGUACAGGUGCUAAAGCUUAUUGUAUAGAAGCAAAUACAAUAAUAAAAAAAGCAAAAGGAAUUUCAAAACACGUAACCAAAACACAGUUGCAAAAGAGUGAUUAUGUACUAUUAGUGAAAAAAGGUGGUGUAAUUUUUAGAAAAAUGUAUGUAUUUGUGUCUAAUUUACAUACCAUAUAUACGGAACUUAGGAAUAAAGUGGCAUUAUCUUCUAAGGAUGACAAACGCUGUGUAAUAAACGGUGACGUAAAAACUCUUGCGUGGGGGCAUUUUCUAAUUAGUCCACAUAAUGGUACUAUAGAUGAUCUGAUUAGGUUUGGGAAUGAGCUGCUACACACCCCGGAAUUGGUCGAUUUAGAAAAUAUUCCUCUUGAAGAAUUGUUUCAAGUCGAUUCUUUUCAAUAUGAUUCAUACUUGUAA